CUCUGCCAGUGCCAGAGGCGGGCGCGAAGGUGCUCGGAGCUGCCCGCGGAGCGCGGCGGGGGGACGAGCCGCCCUCCUCCUCCUCCUCCUCUUCCUCCUCCUCCUCCUCCUCCCGCGGGGCCGCCCGGUGGGCAGCAGGUGCCGGCGGAGCCCGGCGGGGCGAUGGGGCAGUGAGGAGCGGCUCCGCCGGGCGGACCGGAGCGCAGCCGGCGGGACGAUGCCGACCCCUCGCCGCCGGCUCUCGGCCGCCCCGCGGGCUGACAGCAUGAGGGGAGCCGCGGCCAGCGUCCUGCCGCUCACCUUCGCCAUCCUGCUGGGGCUCGGCGACUGCCAGAGGGACCUGGCGGCCAGGCUGGAGCCCGGCGCCUCCCGUCGAGCCGAGCCCCGCCGGCUGCGGGGCCAGGCGGCGCCCCUGGGGGCUGCGGGCACGGCGCCCGGCCUGCCCCGGCCGCACCGAGCGCCCCCGGAGGCAGCGCCCCUGCCCGCCGCCCCCCGCCCCGACCGCGGCCCCGCGGCCGGCCCCGGCGGCGGAGACGGGCUCGGUCCCCGGCGGGGACACGGGCACGGGCAGGGGCUGGCGGCGGCCCGGCAGCGGCCCAGGAGCGGGCUCCGACCCCGAGCCGUGCCCCGGGCGAAGGAGCCGAGCGGCGCCGGGAGGAUCGCGGGGCCCAACGUCUGCGGGAGGCAGUGCUGCUUGGGAUGGACCGUGGCUCCUGGCACAAACCGCUGCAUCAAACCUGUCUGUGACCCGCCGUGCCAGAACAAGGGUUCCUGCAGCCGGCCCCAGGUCUGUACCUGCCGCUCGGGCUUCCAGGGCUCCAGGUGUGAAGAAGUCGUCCCCGAGCAAGAGUACCACCCGCCCGGCAUCGCCCUCCAGCCCCCUGCCAGCUCCCUGCGGAGGAGGACCGGCACGGCCGAGAGGGACGCCUCCACACGAGGGGCUCAGGCGCCCGUCCCGCGGCACGCACCCACCGGGACUCAGAGCAGAAUCGGCUCUCCUGUCUCCCCGCAGCACACGGGGCCCUCGCGGACUGUCCGGCGGUACCCAGCCAGCAAUGGCCAGCUCACAUCGAACGCGCUCCCCAGCGGGCACAGGCACGAGCAGAGCAGCUCUGGGCCCCACACGGUUUCCCAGGAGCACACGUUGGCUGCAAGGGGGGCCAACCUGACAGAGAAGAUUAGGAAGAUAAAAAUCGUCUUCACACCCACCAUCUGCAAGCAGACGUGCCGGAGUGGGCGCUGCUACAACAGCUGCGAGAAGGGAGACACCACCACUCUGUACAGUCAAGGGGGGCACGACCACGAUCCCAAGUCUGGCUUCCGCAUCUACUUCUGCCAGAUCCCCUGCCUGAAUGGAGGCCGCUGCGUGGGCCGGGACGAGUGCUGGUGCCCCUCCAACUCCACGGGGAAGUUUUGCCACCUGCCGGCCCCCUCUCUGGAAAAGAAGCAAGGAGGGAGAGCGCUGAACACGCCGUCCGGCGGCUCCAUGAAGCACUCCACCUACACCCUGCCCUUGUCCAACCAGCUGGCUUCCCUGAACCCUUCCCUGGUGAACGUCCACAUCAACCACCCUCCGGAAGCCACCGUGCAGAUCCACCAGGUGGCCAGGGUGCGGGGCGACGCGGAGGUGUCGGAGGAGAACAGCGUGGAGGCGGUGCUGGUGCCUCAGCUGCCCGCUGUGCCCUGGCACACCUACACCAAUGGCAACGGCAACAGCAUUGCCACCGAGGGGGGCCGGCAGCAGAGACCCCCAGGGCUGCUGGGGAGGUGCUUUCGGGAGGCUCUCCAUGGGCAGUGCACCAACCCCCUGCCGGGGCUGACCAGGCUGGAGGACUGCUGUGGCAGCGUGGGGCUCUUCUGGGGGGUGGACAGGUGCCUGGCCUGCCCCCCGCGGCCAGCGCACCCCGUGGUGGAGAACGGACAGGUGGAGUGUCCCCAGGGAUACAAGAGGCUGAAUCGGAGCCACUGUCAAGAUAUCAACGAAUGCUUGAUGCAGGGCUUGUGCAAAGACGCCGAAUGUCUGAACACCCGCGGCAGCUUCCGCUGCACCUGCCGGCCUGGCACCAUGUUGGACCCCUCCCGCAGCCACUGCAUCUCGGACAAAGCGGUGUCGAUGGAGCAGGGGCUGUGUUACCGCUCGGCGGCCGGAGGCGUGUGCUCCUUCCCCCUCUCGCACCGAAUCACCCAGCAGAUCUGCUGCUGCAGCCGCGUCGGCAAGGGCUGGGGCAAGAACUGUGAGGAGUGCCCCAUGCCCGGCUCAGAAGCCUUCAAGGAGAUUUGCCCAGCAGGACAUGGCUACACCUACUCCAGCUCUGAUAUCCGCCUGUCCAUGAGGAAGGCAGAGGCAGAAGAGCUGCCCCUCAGCCUCGAAGAACAAAGGGAGAGCAGCAACUGGACAUUAGACUGGACAACAAGGAGACAGCAGCUGCAGGACAGCUUGCGUGGAAGCAUCCUGCAGGCAUUACCCCGCCCUGGCAUCACGGCAGGAGAGGGUGAAGUUUCUCUUGCUGGGCAGGUUGCUGCUGGUGCCACCCCAGAGCCCGCCACGCACAGAGCAGAGGAAGAGGAGUCCUGGCGUGCUCCACCCCAGCCUGGCCCCACCACCACCUGGGCUGAUGCUGCUCCAACACAGAUGCCUGCACAGGGCUCAGGGGCCAGUGGCUGUGCCUCUUCACCUCUCGCCUGUGGAGCUGGCACUUGUGUGCUCACCCCAGACGGAUACAGCUGCUUAUGCCACCCGGGCUAUGCGUUGCACCCCAGCCGUCUCCGCUGCAUCGACGAAGACGAGUGCCUGCAGGAUCCUUGUGCUGGGAAAGGUCACUGUGUCAACAGCGUGGGCUCCUAUUUGUGCCUCUGCUACUCUGGGUACACCCUGGUUGUCUCGGAGAGCAAGCAAAGCUGUCAGGAUCGAGAUGAGUGUGAACAGCCCUCCACCUGCCCAGGACAGCAAUGCGUCAACACCCCCGGCUCAUACCGCUGCGAGUGCAAGGAGGGCUUUGCCAUGGGCCCCCGAGGACAGUGUGAAGAUAUCAACGAGUGUGUGGAUCCCAGCCCUUGCCCCCAUGGGAAGUGUGUCAACACCCCGGGCUCCUACAGGUGUGUCAGCUGUGCGGAUGGAUACCGGCCCAGGAACGGGAGAUGCAUUGAUGUGGAUGAGUGCCUUGUGGAGGGGACCUGUGCCCAUGGACAGUGUGUCAACCUGGAUGGCUCCUUCCGAUGUUCUUGCUACCGGGGUUACGAGGUGGCACCUGAUGGGAAGAGUUGCCGAGACAUCGACGAGUGCACAGCCCGGGCUGCCUGUCCCUCCGGACUCUGCCUCAACACCGAGGGCUCCUACUCCUGCAUGGCCUGUGAUGCUGGCUACACUGCGUCCAGAGAUGGCAGCGUGUGCGAAGACGUGGAUGAGUGUGAAGACCCUGCUGUUCAGUGCCGGGGGGGAGAGUGCAGGAACACGCCGGGCUCCUACGAGUGUCACUGCCCAGCUGGCUUCGAGCUCCUCAAUGGCACCGUGUGCCAAGAUGUGAAUGAGUGCCUGAACAGCGAGAUCUGCAGCCCCAACGGUGAGUGCCUCAACAGCCACGGGUCCUACUUCUGCAUUUGUGCUCCCGGCUUCUCCAACACGGCUGGCGGAGUCAGCUGCCAAGAUGUGGAUGAAUGUGCAGACAAAUCCCGGUGCUCGCAAGGCCAGUGCCUGAAUACAGAAGGUUCCUACAGGUGUCUUUGUGAAAAUGGGUUCAAACACUCCCAGGAGACUGACGACUGCGUAGACGUGGAUGAGUGUAAGGAAUACGGGGAUGCCAUCUGCGGCACGUGGCGGUGCCAGAACAGCCUGGGCUCCUACCGCUGUAUCAUGGGCUGCCAGCCCGGCUUCCACUGGACGCCGCUGGGUGACUGCAUCGACAUAGAUGAAUGCGCCAACGAGACGCUGUGCGGGAGCCACGGCUUCUGUGAGAACUCGGACGGCUCCUUCCGCUGCCUCUGCGACCGCGGCUACGAGAGCUCACCCUCCGGGCACUACUGUGUCGAUGUGAACGAGUGUGAGCUGAUGGUGGCCGUGUGUGGGACUGCGCUCUGCGAGAACGUGGAGGGAUCCUUCCUGUGCCUGUGCCCCAGCGACCACGAGGAGUACAACACCGAGGCCGGGCAGUGCCAGCCACGAGCAGCCAUGGAGGGCCCUGAGAGACACGCAGCCCAGCCCUCCGACAGCUCAGAGCGCAAGCAGUGCUACUACCACAUCAGCGACGUCCGCCUGUGUGACAGCGUCCUGGCCAAGAACGUCACCAAGCAGGAGUGCUGCUGCACUGUGGGGGCAGCCUGGGGUGACAACUGUGAGACCUACCCCUGCCCCAUCGCGGGCACAGUGGAGUAUCAAGAGAUCUGCCCUCUAGGGAAGGGCUAUGUUCCCCAGGAAGAUCUGCUCUCAGGAAAAGUCUCCUUCACAGACAUGGAUGAGUGUGAGACAUUUGGCUCUGAGUUCUGCCGCAACGGACAGUGUCUGAACACGGUGCCGGGCUACAAGUGCUUCUGCCGUACGGGCUAUUUCUACGACCCCAGCAGGCUCGAGUGCGUUGAUCAGGACGAGUGCCAGAACGAAGUGUACUGCAUCAACGGCGAGUGUCUGAACACGGAUGGUUCCUACCACUGCUUCUGCAGCCUCCCGCUUGUGCUGGAUGCCACAGGCAACCGCUGCGUGAACCUCUCCGGCAGGGCAGAUGCCCUGGAGGAGUAUGAAAUCCACCUGGACGUCUGCUGGCAGACUGUCUCUGACUACAUCUGCCAAGACCUGCUGCACGGCGAGCAGACCACCUACACCGAGUGCUGCUGCCGCCUCGGCGAAGCCUGGGGCCAGAACUGCGCGCUCUGCCCCCACAGGUCCUCCGCUGAUUUUGCUUUCCUGUGUAGUGGGGCCAGUGAAGACAGUGACAGAGGGGCUGAGGUCCGAGAAAGACCUAGGUAUGAGUACGGACUGGGCUUGGAAGACCCCCACUAUGGCCUUACCAGCCCAGACAUGGGCCCCUACUACAACUACCUGGAAUCUGAAUAUGGCAACCCCGAUGUGGGCUUCCCUCGGCGGGAACCCAGCAGCGAGUUUCGUGGCAGCCCUUUCCACCACAGCCCGGGGCGGCCCCCGCCCCGCUACCUGCCCAGCCAAACUGGUCUCUACGAGGGCUUCGAGGGCCUGCAGGCUGAGGAGUGUGGCAUCCUCAACGGCUGCGAGAACGGGCGCUGUGUACGCGUCCCAGAGGGCUACACCUGCGACUGCUUCGACGGCUUCCAGCUGGACAUGACCCGCAUGGCCUGCGUGGACAUCAACGAGUGCGAUGAGGUGGGCGGCCCCGCGCCCCUGUGCCAGGGCGGCACCUGCGAGAACACAGAGGGCUCCUACCGCUGCCGCUGCUCGCCCGGCUACGUGGCCCUGGCCCAGCCCCACCACUGCGUGCCCCAGACAGCCCAGAGCCCAGCAGCAGCGUAGCUCUAGGGGAGCGGCGGUGGGGGUGCUCCCCUCCAGCAAUGCUUCUCCGGGACCCAGCGGCACGGAGAAGGGUCCCCGGGGCUGUGGCUGCUUCCGAGCCCUUCACCCCUUCCCCUUCAAAGCGCACAACUCCCUUGCCACCUUUCUCCUGGCUGUGCCCACCAGGGCUGAGCUCCCAGCCUCUGUACCCCCAUCCUCACCGCCAGCCCCCGCUUCUGCCACAGCAGAGCCCUCCCCGGCCUGCCCCCCCCUGCACCCGCCACCGUGCCACGCACCACGGGGGCUCGCAGGACGCCUUCCCCUGCCACGCAGCCCCAGCUCCUCCCUGCACCCGCAGAGACUGGGUUCGCCUCCCCAUGGCGAGCAUCACUGCUGCACUGAGCUAGCGGCGAGCCGCCCCCGCGCCACGGGUAAUGCCCCCGGGGCACAGCCUUGGGGAGGACAAGGAGGACAGCCCCGGCUCCCCAGAGCUGCUGCCCAACCUCAGACGUGGUGGAGAGGCUGGGGGACCCCACGGCUGGCUCGCCCUACAGCUGUCCCAGGCGCAUCCCUACCCCUGCAUCGCGCCUUCGUGCCCGCGCCGGCUGGGGGUGAGUGGGCAGGGGGGGCGGUUCCAGCUUCGUUUCUGUAAAGUUGAUGGUGACUUUUUUUUUUUUUUUUUUUUUUAACCAAGUCUGCUGGAAACUUCUUUCAUGUUGUUAAAUAAAACAUUUAUUUUUGGGCCCUGUGGCUCAAGACACUGGGG